AUGUUAGGGCGGUAUAACUGCCGGGAGAACUUUAACAACAACGGCAUCCGCACUGCCGCGCCGGCCCUCCCACGACCAGAUCCACAACACGCCACCCCCAAAUACCCUGCCUCCAGCAGAUCCCCCGCCACCGCCGCCCGAAACCUAGCUAGUUCGCGCACCGCGCGGCCGCCUCCGCGCUCGACCACCGCGCGCCAGCGUAGCUCCCCCGCCCCCACCGCCGGCGUAGCCCCUCACCAACGCAGCUCCUCUACCGCCGCGCACCCCAAUCCGCCCUCCACUGGACCGCAAGCCGCCGCUGCCCCCAACUAUCCACCGCCGGCGGAGGCCCUCCAACCAGCAAACCACUGCCGUCGUCGCCCCCCAUCACGCGCGGCAGACACUCCGCCCCUCCGCUGCCCCAACAACCACUGCAUCCUGCUGCCGUCGUCACCCCACUCCAGAGCGGCACCUCCGAGCACCCCGUCGGCCACCAUCGUCAUCGCCAAGCCACACCACCGGCGGACACCAUCCUCCAUGGAAGGGCUUCGUCGCAGCAACUACGUACUACGCUCGUGCACUUCCUCCCCGAGCAGGCUUCACCGAGCAUCAAGUGACGGGUCCGCCUCCUCCACAAGCCCCCGAAGCACAGCAGACCACGUGUUGGCCCUCCUCUCCAGCGAGCAGCUUUGCCUGCUGAACAUCCUUUCCCUGGACAUCGCUGCCUCCUGUACUUCAUUGGACAGGAAAAAAAAUGGAAAAAGGAAGAGACGAAGACAAUGCUGAAGCACGAGAGGAAGAGAGGCUAGCGAAUCUUAAAGCAAGAAACGGUGAGGAUUUUGCACGAUUUGGGUCUUUCAGAUUUGCAGAUGCUAACGAAGUUUCUGGAGGCAAAGCCAGUCAGCACCAAACUAAAAGAAACAAGGUGAUAUAACAUGUUUCUAUUUGGUUAUUGCAUCUAUUACUUCAGUUUUACAUAUCUUGUUUCGUUAUGUGUAGAGCACCGUAGAAAAGCCUACUGUUGAAGUAACUCGAGUUCUUAGGUCCCAAAUGACUAGAGAUGUUGAUGACAUGCCAAGUGAUAACAUUGAAGAGCAUGAAGACCAUGAGUUGGUUCAAGAAACGAAGGGGAAGAAGGGGAAAAACGCACUAGAAUGCAAAAUGUGUAUGAUAGAUUGGGGACAGUCCCACCAAUUUGUGUGGAGUACAAUGGUGAUGGACAACCAAUUGGGGAAAAUGCAUCGGAGUUUUCAAACUUCAUCUCCACACUUGUGAAAAGUAAAAUAUCUCUUGGGCAUAAAGAUUGGAGAAAGGUUGAUGUUGAGCAGAAAAAAUCAUUUGUGGAAAACCUUAAAGGUAUAAUCUAUGAUUUCUGGUAUAACUUGCCCCUUUAUCUCUAGAUGACUUGUAGUAUAACUUUCCCCUUUAUCUAAUACAUCACCCUUACACUCUCCAUUUACACUUGCUUGAAAGCAGAUGUACUAUGUUAUGGAUG